GUAAGGAGGGGGUGCAGUUUGUUGUGUUCGGCCUUCUGCAUAGCAGGUGUCUUCGCCAUGGCAAAGGUCUGGCUAUUCAUUGUUGCUGUCACAACGGUUUUCAUCUCAACUGAGAUGGCUAGUGUAGAAAUCUUAUCGACUCCUACAAAAGUCAUUGUCAUGAAGCCUAUGCCUCAUCAACCAGACAUGAAAUUAGGAAGAACAAGUUGGGAUUCAAUUAGUAAAAAAGCAAAAGAAAAAAAAUCCACAAACUUAAUAACUGAAACUAAGGGUCUCAACAAAACCAUGAAUGAGAAUAAGAGUUCAGAACAUCCAGAAAUAAAUGAUUGGCCUUCAGUAUUUGUUUUAAAACCAGACCCAACAAAUCCUGUGGUUUGUUAUUCUGGAAAGUCGCUAAACAUUCACAAAAAUAACCAUGAUGAUCUUGAAAUAUCCUCCAUCAAAGAAGCCAUGACGAAUGAUACCGAUUCGAGUGCCAGGAACAACAAGAAAUUCGUUUUGAGUUCAGACCCUGAGUACCCUGUGAUCUGUCAAGAAAUAAAUAUUCCAUCACUGGCGAUAAAUAAUGAAACUGCAGAAGAAAAUUCUACAAUUUCCAAUGUCAGCUGCAUAAGGAGGGAUUAUGAACAAAAUAUUUCUGCUAUUUUCAUUAAUAAAGUUGGGCCAAUACAAUCAGCUUUGAACAUCUUCAAUAGUACUAUUCCCUAUGGAGUAUUCAAUGUAGAGAAUGUGGAAAGUAUUGGCGAAAUAAAAAUGUUGAACGAUACAAUAGUUAAUUGUGAAGAAUAUGGAAUCAUGACUGGUGAUAAAGGUCUUAGUAGUGGUACAGUUGCUUCUCUUCUUGGAGUAGGUUAAAAAUAUUCAAAGUAAGGAAGUAUGAUUAUAGUUAAUUUCAGAUUGUGAAUAUUACUCUUACCUUUUUGUAAAUUUUUUCUUUUAUUUAAUAAUUGUAUCACUUUAAUCUGUCAGGAUUCUGUUUCAUCAUUAGAAAAUCACUGUCUCAGAGACCGUCUUAAUUAAGUCAGUUUUUAAAUAAUUUAUUUAUUUUUCAGAAUAAUAACUUUUAUUUAAAGGAUAUUUAUAAUAUUUCUUUUAAUGAUUUCGAAAUAUUUGUUAAUUUGAUAAAGGUUUAUCAUUUUACUAGAGUAAUUUACGAAGAUGUAUCUAAUGUAAAAUUAGUUUCAGGAUAGAUUUGUUAUAUAUUUUAAAACUUUGUGAUAGUUGUUGGUAUAUGAGUUUUACUUUUUAUUAAUUUAAAACUGGUAAGUUUAUUUUUUUGCAACAUCCAAUAUCAUU